CUCUCUUUCCAAGUUUCUGCUCCUCCCUCCUUCGCACAAACUUUCCCGUCGCUCUUGCUCGGCUCCCGGCUCGCUCCUCUCGGUGCGCGGCGGAUUCGCCAGCCCGCCAGCCCGCCGCUUCGACCCUGCCCGCCGCUCUGUCACGUCCUCCCACGGACCGAACCGGACCUUCAACCGGCAGCAGCAGCGGCGGCGGGAUCGGCACCCACCCUUUCCCGGACGGAGCACGGAGCUGACGAGUUGCCGUUUGGGGCUCAGGGUCAGAGCCCAGAGCAGCCAUCACAAUAGCGUCCAACAGCUGGAACACCAGCGGCAGCCCCGGGGAGGGGCGAGAAGAUGGACAAGAGGGAAUGGACAAAAGUCUGGACAAUGAUGCCGAAGGAGUGUGGAGUCCAGACAUUGAACAGAGCUUCCAGGAGGCACUGGCAAUAUAUCCGCCCUGUGGUCGGCGGAAGAUUAUUCUCUCAGAUGAGGGCAAAAUGUAUGGACGCAAUGAACUGAUAGCAAGAUACAUCAAGCUACGGACAGGGAAGACAAGGACUAGAAAACAGGUGUCCAGCCAUAUACAGGUUCUAGCUCGGAAGAAGGUGCGAGAGUACCAGGUUGGCAUUAAGGUCUCUAGCCACUUGCAGGUUCUAGCCAGACGGAAAUCUCGUGAGAUUCAGUCCAAGCUGAAGGCUAUGAACUUGGAUCAAGUCUCAAAGGACAAGGCUCUGCAGAGUAUGGCUUCCAUGUCAUCAGCACAGAUUGUAUCUGCCAGUGUCCUGCAGAACAAGCUGAGUCCUCCUCCUCCACUCCCUCAGGCUGUCUUCUCUGCUGCUCCCAGGUUUUGGAGUGGGCCUAUCCCAGGACAGUCUGGAUCUUCUCAGGACAUUAAACCUUUUGCACAACCAGCCUACCCCAUUCAGCCACCCAUGCCUCCAUCACUAGCCAGCUACGAGCCCUUGGCUCCUCUUCCACCUUCUGCCUCAGCUGUGCCAGUCUGGCAGGACCGAACUAUUGCCUCUGCCAAGUUGCGGCUCCUUGAGUAUUCAGCAUUCAUGGAAGUACAGCGUGACCCUGAAACGUAUAGCAAGCACCUCUUUGUGCAUAUCGGACAGACGAACCCCUCAUACAGUGAUCCACUGCUGGAGGCAGUGGACAUACGCCAGAUUUAUGACAAGUUUCCUGAGAAAAAAGGUGGCCUGAAAGAGCUCUAUGAGAGAGGACCCCAGAACUCCUUUUUCCUUGUCAAGUUUUGGGCGGAUCUGAACAGCACCAUUCAGGAUGGUCCUGGUGCUUUUUAUGGUGUAAGCAGUCAAUAUAGCAGUGCAGAAAACAUGACCAUCACAGUCUCCACUAAAGUGUGCUCCUUUGGAAAGCAGGUUGUUGAAAAGGUGGAGACUGAAUUUGCCCGGGUGGAGAAUGGAAGAUGUGUGUAUCGAAUCCAUCGGUCCCCUAUGUGCGAGUAUAUGAUCAACUUCAUCCAUAAACUGAAACAUCUUCCAGAAAAAUACAUGAUGAAUAGUGUCCUGGAGAAUUUCACCAUCCUACAGGUUGUUACGAACAGAGAUACCCAAGAAACAUUACUUUGCAUAGCGUUUGUUUUCGAGGUAUCGACCAGUGAGCAUGGAGCUCAGCAUCAUGUGUACAAGUUGGUCAAAGACUAGAGGCCCCUCUGGGUUGACUGGACAAUUUAAAGAAGAGGAAGGAAAGAGAAGACUUGUCAGAGAAGCCACCUGUAUAGGAUGCCUUGACACACAUCCUUUGAAAAUGAACAAAGAAAAAAAUGCCAAAAAAUGACUUUCACAAUCACAGAUGUUUUCUACCUAGGAACGUUUUAAACAAACAAACAGAAAAAAAGCAUUACAAGAAAGCAUAAAGUGAAAGGAGGAUUGUAUCUGGAGGCAGCAGGAAGAACUGUUCUUGGGGCCUAGGUCAUCAGUAUUUCAGGAGAUGUUGGUGCCAAGGCCUGGUACCUCUUGAUGCUUUCCCAGCAACAGAAUGCUAAUAGCAUCUGGUGAAAUGAGACUGCCAAACUCUUGUUAAUAUCCAAAUGUGCCUAUGUUUUCCAUGCCAAAUUCCAGAUUCUGUCCUGGUGGCUUUGAUCUGCAGAGAACAAUUAACAUGGGCAGCCUGAAGAUGCUUGUUGUAAGAAAGGUUGGGAAAUCUGAUCCUACCUUGUAACUGAUCCUAUUCUAGUCACUGACGAAGAAGAUGAAUUUUUUUUUAAAAAAAUCUCUUGAUUCAGUCUGUGUGCAGUGCCAACAUAGGGAGUUGACAGAUUCUGACUUGUUGGGGCACAUUAUUGUUGGUUAAUUUUAAGGAAAUAAUUUUAUUCCCUCAAUACCCUGGGCAUUUUAAAUGCAGGAUUACUGCAUCUUCCCACCUCCUCACACAAGCUAAGAAGCUGGUGGAAGGAUUUCUGCUGAUGAUUAUGGCAAAAAGUGCGGCAAUUUUGCAUAGUGUCCCAGAUGCUUGAGUAGAAGACAUGAGUAAUUCUACAAGAUUGAGGGAAGGGAGGAAGGCAGGGGUGUGAGUGUGCAAGAGAGAGAGAGAGAGAAAGAGAGAAUGACUGACUGAGGGGGAAAAAAAGAACAAGAACCCCAGCAAGCAAAAGAAGGUCUUAAAAGUAUUUGUGGGACAUUAUAAGUUAGAGUAUGUAUUAGGAAGAAGGAGGGCACUGGGAGGAAAGCAAAUCAGGGAAUCAUGAAAUUAACAGGCUGACUAGGGGGAUCGUGAGAUAACUGUCUUGGCCAGUGUUUCUUAACCUCAGUGACUUUAAGAUGUGUGCGCUUCAACUCCCAGAAUUCCCUAGCCAGCAUGGGGAUUUCUGGGAGUUGAAGUUGCCAAGGUUGAGAAACACUGGUACACUGGUCUAGGGAAAUAUUUGGGCUGGCUAAGGCUGAGUAACUUAGAUAGAUUUCCAUACUUCUGUGGGAUUUUAACAACUGUCCAAGCUUUUUUCUGUUGUCUCUUUGUUUUUACAUUUGCCUUGCCAAAAACAUAUGGGAAAAGCUUAGACCAAAGUUCUUGCUACCUGAGCAUUAUCCUGGUGAGGUAUUAAUUUCUUCCUACUUCUCUGUUCAUCUGUGCUAGUCACACACAGGGGCAGAAUCUAAUUAUCCAGGUACAUUUUACCCCUCUGUAUUAUAUACUUUCCACUUAGCAAAUCCUUGUAGAGUUUGGUAGAAUCAAAAUAAUUAAGUAGUCAGGCAACCCAGAUCCAAGGACAUACUGAAAGAUGAAAUGUAGUCCCACAUAAUUUGAAAGCUGUAUUGUUUCUUGUUGGAAAUGCUGAGGCUUAAGUCUAAACACAGGCCCCUGACCUUAAACUUGUAGUCUAACAUAGUUGCCUUCUAAUUUAGAUUGGUGCUUACAGGAAUUCUGUUACAGGAAUAUCGUCAAGAUCACCAUGCAUGGCAUCUCCAGGGCUCAAGCCCAUAAGUUUCAGCUAUACCCUGUCUAAUUACUAGCAUGUAUUUUUGAAUAAUAGAGGAUCUAACAAUGUAUGAUUUUUGCCUGUCUCUACCAUUGAGUCUCUAUCACUGAGCUUUUUCUAUCUUGUCCUGCAGGGUUUUUUACUUAAACAAACAAAAAACACCUCUUCUUGUCCCAUUCCUUCUGAUCAAUCCAGCAAGACUAAUCCCUAGACCAUGCCCUUUCCCAUAGCCAGUACAAUUCUGAUGGAGGAGCCCCCAAGCAAGUACUUGGGAAAGGGGCCCACUAUAAGGCAAGGAUGUGAUUGUUGGGGAAGGGAGCAUAGGAGGUUACCCCGUCUAGAAGGAUUUGGAAUGCACAGGCCAAAGCCUGCCACUAUUAAAUUUUCAUGCUUGGGUACGUAUAUGUCCCACUUUAAAUGGAGGUUAUUUUAAGGUGCUGUAAGGAGACAUUUCAUCACAGUGAAAUGUUUUUUCAUAGUGUUAUUAGCAUGUAUGGAGGGGAGCCCCAAAGAGACUGUGAAAAGUAGCUGGGAAGUUUCAAAAUAAAAAUAUGUUAAAGCAGAUGGGUUGUGAAUUUAGUUCAUGGCACUGGGUCAAAAGAUUCAGGUUAAAAUUCUGCGUUCACAUUGGUUAUUCCUUCUUUUUCAAGGUGUUUUGUGUGUGGGGGUGGUGGUUUUGUCUUUACUGCCAUUGUCUGUCUGUCUGUCUUAGAAGGUAGAUGGUGGUGUCAUGGAUUGUUUUCAUAAAGUCAUGAUCUCUUUUUCAUAACUGACGUGGGCCUCACUUUCACUAUUGGCCUGUAUGACCACUACAUUAUUGACCUAGUACCCUGUUUUCACUACCUGAAUGGUCAGCUUUUGCUGGAAGGACCAGGUACAAAGGCAUUGGCUAAUUCAGAGUUCAAUCAGCAGACUAAGAAUGUUCCUAAGAGCCUUUGGACUGUUGUUCGAGUGACGCAUGCAGCUCUGAGGUGACAACAUAAGACAAACUGACAGAGUAGUUUCCCAACCCUUUGAAGGACAUUUUAAAUUCAAGUAAGAUUGAUUUUUUCCCCUGUGAACUGAUUGUAAUUGAAUCCACCCAAGAACUUCUGGAUGACUCCAUUACAGUGUUAAAAGAAACACUCCCUUCUGUAUUAGAGGAGUUCCCGAGGUGGUCACACUGAUGGAAUGGUACAUGGAGACUGAAUUUGUAGAGAACCAAGUCGCAAAUUGCUCAGAACUGUGCCUUAUUUUGCAGCAUGUUGUGUUCUGAAGAGAUAAACAACAUGUGCUGGAAAUUUUAACAAGCAAUGCCAAGUGGAAAUCAGAUAUCUCCUUUCCUCCUCACUUCAUCAUGUUAAUUCUGCUCCACUGUCCUUGGUAAAUUGAAUGUUCCAAGCAUGACCGCAUGUGUUGUUUGGGCAAACUGGUCACUGUGAUGCCGCAACCUUCUGUCCUAAAUGUUAUUCUUAGGAAGAAUUGACUGGACAAUAAAUGCCAGCUUUGAAGUUCAGGUACGUUUUGAGAUUCCUCAAGCAUUUGGGGAGAGGUACAGCAUCCUUGGAAUCAAAUAAUAGCUAUUGCAGCUAGAAUGGGAGAAGGCAAAAUCAACAGAGCCUAGGAUGUUGAAUGCCUUUUUAUUUCAGCCAUCAACAUCUAUAAGGACAGGAGUGCUGGCUGCUUUAUAUGUAGCAUUUUUCAUUCCUAAAUGAAAAAUUCUAGGAAUUAAGAUUAAACUUUCCCUAUUCUCCUUAGCUCAUGCAUAAUAAAAUAAUCUUCUGUUGAAAAAGAUGUGGGGAGAACAGAAAAAGGCCUUUAUGUACAAGCAGUUUCUUGUAUUAUAAUGACAAUCAUUAGCUAAAAUCUUUCAAAUAAGCCUCCUCUUAAACCAGACUGUUACAUUUCUCAUCUUUUUCUUUUCAGUCCUUCCAUGCCAUACUAUUCUUGGUUCCUGUGCAACUUAUAUAGAUUCCAUCCCCACCUUUACUCUUGCAGAUUCCUCUCCACCCUUGGCCUCAACUUUGCAGGUAGAUAUAUACAUAUAAGUGCCUAUUUGGUGUCCCCAGACAGUGACAGCAAGCUUAAGGAAAGAAUGGCUUCAUGAAUGUCUUUUAGUUGGAUAUACCACAGGUAUCCCAAAUCUCAAUAACCAACUCUCCCCCACAUCCCGUGUAUUUAUGAAUUUCACAUGAAGUACUGUUUUAUUUUUUUAAAGACUUUGUAAAGCCUACCAGGGUUAUGGUCACCUUUUUUUAGAGCUCUGUCAGUCCACAAUGUAAAACCAUUUUUAUGUAUUAUAUUUUGUGUAUUUUUUUUAAUCCAGCUGUGAUGGGUUGUAUCAUAUAUUAUUGUGUUUACUGUAUGUCCAUCUUCAACUAGAUGAGACAGUGGAGCUUCUAGAAAGCUAUGGUCUGCUGAAAACUAUUAAACUUAUUGUUCAUGGGUUGGCUCAAA